GAGCGCUCCGGCCGCCGGUGCCGCCCGCAGUCCCCGCCCGCUCUCCCGCACUCCCGCACUCCCGCCCGCCGCUGCCCGGGCACCGGCGGUCGCCGCGCAGCGCCCGCGCCCUCUCCCGCGCCGGGUCCUGCCCCGCCAUGAAGUUGAGCAGCCGGGGCCGGGGAUGCUGCGUGGGCGGCAGCCGGGAGCGCGGGCCGCCGCCGCGGAGCCCUUUCGUGCACCAGCUGCGCUUCAGCCCCCUGGAGAAAGCCAAGAUUGCCUUCAUGACCUUGACUCUGUUUCCUAUCCGACUCUUUUUUGCUGCUUUUAUGAUGUUGCUGGCCUGGCCUUUUGCAUUCCUUGCUUCAAUGGGAUCUGAUGAGCAAGAGCUUGAAAAGCCCCUCUCCUGGUGGCGAAGGAUAGUGGAUGUUUUGCUGAAGGCAAUCAUGAGAAUGAUGUGGCUUGCUGGUGGCUUCCACUGGAUAAAUGUUAAAGGCAGACGGGCAUUGCCAGAGGAAGCAGCAAUAUUAACUGUGGCUCCCCAUUCUUCCUACUUUGAUGCCAUUCCAGUAACUAUGACCUUCGCCUCCAUUGUGAUGAAAGCAGAAAGCAAAGAUAUUCCUGUUUGGGGAACUCUAAUCAAAUACAUCCGACCAGUAUUUGUGUCUCGGUCAGACCAGGAUUCUCGCAGGAAAACCGUUGAAGAGAUAAAGAGGCGUGCUCAGUCUGAUGGGAAAUGGCCACAGAUAAUGAUAUUCCCAGAGGGCACUUGCACAAACCGAUCCUGUCUAAUUACAUUCAAACCUGGAGCAUUUAUUCCUGGAGUUCCUGUACAGCCAGUGGUUUUACGUUAUCCAAACAAACUGGACACGAUCACAUGGACAUGGCAAGGGCCAGGAGCGUUUGAAAUUCUGUGGCUUACUUUAUGUCAGUUUCACAAUUCUGUGGAAAUCGAGUUUCUACCUGUGUAUACUCCUUCAGAAGAAGAAAGAAAAAAUCCAGUGUUAUAUGCCAAUAACGUCAGACGUGUAAUGGCAGAGGCGCUGGGAGUUUCAGUGACAGAUUAUACAUUUGAAGACUGUCAGCUAGCUUUGGCUGAAGGACAACUUCGUCUGCCUUCAGAUACAUGUCUUUUAGAAUUUGCAAAGCUUGUGAGAAGCCUUGGGCUGAAGCCAGAAACACUUGAAGAUGAUCUUGAUAAAUAUGCUGCAAGUGCCAUGAAAAUGAAGAAAGAAAAGGUUGAUCUUAAAGAAUUUUCAGCAUACUUGGAAUUUCCAGUUUCUCACACGUUAGAAAAUAUGUUCACACUUUUUGAUGAGAAUGAAGAUGGUGUAAUUGACAUUCGGGAAUUUGUCAUUGCUCUGUCAGUUGUCUGUAAGCCAUCCAAAACUCUGGAAACAAUUCAGUUGGCAUUUCAGCUAUACCAAUCAGAAAGUGGAACUAUAACAGAAGAGGAUUUAGCUCAUAUUCUGAAGACUGCCAUGGGUGUAUCACAGAUUAAUGUUACACAUCUCUUCAGAGCUGUAGAUGAAGAAGAAAAAGGAAAGAUUACAUAUGAUGACUUCUACACGUUUGCUGAAUUGCACCCACACUUUGCAGAAGACUAUCUCUAUGCUGAUCAGAUGGGAGCUGAGAGCAGCUUGGAGACUUCAUCUCUUUCUGCUCCUAAUGGUAUCUGUACUGACUUCAGCCCUGAUAACACUGAAGAUAAAAACAAGCCCCUACAGAAGAAACUGAAUUAACACUGCAACUCUUACCUUCCUCUCCUGGUGAGAGGGUUGUCUUUUCUUGGGAUUUUCAUAAGUCACUCCAAUUAUACAGCAAAUACCAGUUUUGUGUGUGAAAGUUCUUCUACCUUAAUAUCAUUCUUUGAAUCAUAUGUGCUGUAUUUAACAACAUGUUCCAGGUUACUUUGGGAAAGGUGUUUUUAUUUUUUGAAAAGGUCUUUGAAAGGCAAAAAUGUGAAUGUGCUUCAUUAUUAAUGUUCAUAUUUAAAGGAAGCGGCACACUUAUUUAUAUUCCAUUGGUUAGGUUCCUGUACAAAGUGUCGCACAAACUGUGCAUGUAAAAAGAAACUGUAGCUACUAUGGUGUUAAGUGCACUUUGGUGAUUAGUGUUUUCCCUAGUUAUGGGGAUGUUUAUUUGGGGCCAAACGUUGUUGUUCAUAUUUGCAUAGUCAGUCCUGUUGACUUCAGUUGGAUUAUUCUCUUGAGCAGAGCAAGCAUAUUUUGGCCCUUUGUUUUGGUUUCAGUAAACAGUUUGGAAACAGUAAUACAAGAACUUGCUAAGGAUUAUUUUUUAGUUUUACUGUUGAAUGACAAAAUUGUUUUUCUUUCAGUCUAUUCCAUGGUAGAAUGAAAAGGAAGGGCUCUUUAUCCCUCACCCCAACACUUUUCUACUGUAACCUUCCGGAUGCAAUUAAACAUGAAUUUUUUUCCAAACUGACAUGCCACGUAACUGUUUGCAAAUACAUAACUAAACUGUGCUUUUCUCUUAUAAACAAUUCAGAUCAUGUCCACAUUUUAAUGGGAGAUGUUUAUGCAAUUGUAUUUGAUGUAGAUUUAUUGGGGAUCACAGGUUUCUUUUGUAGCAAGCCUGUACAGAUAACACAGCAUGGAACACAUCACAGAAACUUCAUUGUAUCAGCUCAAGUUUGAAAAGGUUGCAGUUACUUCAGAGGCCAAGCCAGCAACAAGUUGCAGAACAUCCUGAAGAAGUGCUAGUUACAUCUCUAUAGCAACAUUACAUAUACUGCAUAUGACGUAUAUAAAGCUUAAAAUAGUUUAAAACUGUUAAAAAAAACCACCACACUUGUAUUAAUAAUACUUCUUAUGUUUCCUUUUGUAAAGCCAGAUGCCUUAACUACCAUUGGAGGUCUCAGAGAAAAAUCUAGAUUAUUAUAAAACCACAGCACUUCACUGGUUAGUAGAUGUUACAAAAGCCUCAAGGAGUAGGAAGGAGGACUCUGUUACAAAAUAACUGUGAUGGCAACUCUGCUUCUAAACAAACAAAAAAAUCCUUCAAGUAAUUUCUAUGACUAAUUUUGUAGGGCUAUGCUAAAAUGGGACAAAUUUUAGCAGAAGGAAAUCUGUUUGUACCAAAUGCUUUUAUAACUAUUUUUUAAGUAGCAGGAGGUGUUUUAAAGCUCAUUAGGGUAUUGGCAUCUGUCCUUAGAAAUACCUUUCCAUGUUGGGGCACCUGAGAGAGAUGGGGAGUAGCUGGUUUAAGUCUGGAGGACAUAACGUACUCAAAAAGAGAGAUCAAAAUUAUCCUUUAAUCCAAAGAAGAGGAGACUGGAGGAAGAUGUGAAAACCAAUGUGGAAAACAUUGUUAUAGAGAAGAUAGGAAUGUUCUUUUCUCCACAUGGGUGGCAGAUACAGGCUCUUAAUUUAAAAGGCAAGUUAAACAUUAGGAAAAUUUCCUUACAAUACACCUAGUUAAGCUAAGGAGAAUAAGUUAUUCCAGGUGGGGUGAGGAGCCUGCCUUCCUUCACUGGAUGUUCUGAAAACAGAGAAGACAGACAGCUGAGAUGGAGACACUUGAUUUUAUUGGUCACAGGGAGAUAUCUCUGAGGUCUGUUUCUGUGAUUUUACAGUAUGCAUUUAAUUCAGUAUGUAAGGGAAGGCACAUGUAGCCUGGGCGUGUUGCAUCACCUCUAUAAGGCUUUUUACAGCACGUGGCACAAGCUGGCUGUCUAAGAUAGUUAUCUUUUGCUUUGUAUGUGAGCUUGGGAUUUGAGAAUUUCAGACUACAGGGGAUGAAAUAGAGUUCCCUCAGACAUGUCUGAAAAGAAGAAAAAGGUAAGCUUAGUAUCCCAUGGACAACUUUGAAGUGAGAAAAGCUCCAGAGGAAGAGAUACUCUGUCCACAUCUGUGAAAGAGCAAAGAAAGAUGAUUGAAGUUGGCUGAAUAUGAGUGUGUCUAAUUUGCAUAUACGGUGUGUGUAUCUUGGGGGUCUGUCUUCUGAAAGCCCAUAGGUUCAUUUGGCUUCAUAAUUUUUUUGUGAAGGAGAUGUUUUUUAAUUGUGGUGAGUGUAAUGGCUAUACUUGUGUGCAGCUAAGCUGUACAGAGUGACUGAAGGGCGCUGCAUCCUGUAAUAGAUGGGCCCUUAAACAGACACCACAUUGUGUGGUGAAGAGGCACUGGAAGUCCUGUGUGUCUGUGAGUUCAGACCAGAGCUGCCUGCUGAAGAAGGCCAGUGACCUGCACAUUGAUUGGUGAGCAGGUACUCUUGGUGGAUGCAAUAAUUAAAAAAAAAAAAA